CCGUAUUAAUAGAUCGAUCUCAAACGUCAUCUUAAGUGCGUCUCAGCUGAGAUUGACUUGAGACGUGAGCAACGUCUUAAGUCUGUCACUAAUUAAUAAACAUGACUUAAGCUCAACUCAGCUGAGAUUGAUCUCAAGUAGCAGUUGGAGACGAACUCAUGUUUUUUUUUUAAUUUCUUGGCUUAGUUACCAAACUUUCAAGUCCAUUUCAAUGAGUUGCGCGUGAAUAGAUGACUUUUUUGUUAUUAUUUUUAACCAACAAAACGCAGAUGUAAGUUACCUACGGAAGCUAAACGCAACUGUCAUUAUUUGACAGGCCAGACCGAUUUGUUUGAAUAUUUGAAUUUUGUAAAAUGGAUAAGCGCCAGAAAUUUACUUUUUCCUCUGCCGAAAAACAAUUAUUAUUAUCAAUAUUAAAAAAACAUAGCCAUAUAAUAGAAAAUAAGCAGACGGACGGGGCCACACUUCGUAUAAAAAAUGAGUCGUGGAACUCCGUAACCCGGGAAUUCAAUGCAAGCCCGCUUACUACGCAACACGUCAAGCAUCAGCAACUCCGCAAGCUGUGGCAAAACCUCAAGCAGCGUCAAAGGGAUGCCUUGACCAAAGAAAGGCAACAUCGGUUCGCCACAGGAGGAGGUCCUGCCACAGAGGACGCUGACAUCGACCCCGAUAUCAGCCAAAUUACAUCGGCAUUAAUUGUUGGUCUGGAUGAUGUAAUCGACAGUGACACCCUAGAAUUAGAGUAUUCAACACAGCUUGAUUUAACGGACUCCGACCCAGACAAGACCCAGACCCAGACAACCAAAAUCCGACCACCGACUCCACCGCAUCCACCCCAGACACCGACUCCAUCACAAUCACUCCAGACACCAACACUACCAGAAUCACUCCAUAUACCGACUCCAUCACAAUCACUCCAGACACCAACACUACCAGAAUCACUCCAUACACCGACUCCAUCACAAUCACUCCAGACACCAACACUACCAGAAUCACUCCAUACACAGACUCCAUCACAAUCACUCCAGACACCGACUCCACCACAAGUAUCACAACCGCUCCAGGCUCCAAACAGAUCUUCUGCUACCAUUCGUGGAUCAAUAGACGUUCUGCGUAUGGAGUUUGAAGACAGACGAAGACGGAGUAAUGAGCUACAUGAGAUGCAGAAAGCACUGCUGGCGGAGCAAAUUAGGGAAGCUCGAGCCAAAGCAGAGUUGGCUGAAUUUAUUUUAAAAAAACAGAAAUCAGGUGACAUUUGAGAUCGAAAAAAUUCAAAAAUUCCUAGUUGUAAAUAAGAAGCUGAAGUUGUUGAUUUUUUUAAUAAUAAGUAUUUUUCAAUAAUUUUCUUUUCAAUGUAUCAUUUUUUCUUAUUAUUUUAUGUAUAUUUGUACGCCUGCAUGCAGGCCGAACACAUCACAGCAUUGUUAUUUGAAUUAUUUUGCCACCUUUUUUGUAUUCUGUGUUCUCGCAAAUAAAUUGAUUUGAUUUGAAGUUGUUGGGAGGAGGCCUGUGCCCAGCAGUGGGACGUAUAUAGGCUAUUUAUGUUAAGUAUGUAAAUAAGAAUUAAAGUAUACAUUUCUCAAUAAA